CACCCUGACUUCCUCCAUAAAUGGGCGUGGUUGUAACUUAGGGGCGUGGCCUUGUGGGCAGCAGGAAGAAGUUACCUGUUGAAUCCUUCUAACCAUCUUCUUCUCAGCCCUUGCAGCUACCCCUAAGAGGGAAGCUGCAAACCAUAAACCUCUUCAGAAAAAGAGGUAACAGGAGGCAGACAAGGAGCAGCGGAGGGAACUGACUAUUGCUUUCGAUUAUAUUUAGAGCCCUUGAUCUGCAGACACAUUGGCCGACUGUGGGGCACUCCCUCGGCCUCGGGAAGAGAGAACGCGGGAGACUUUUCGGCAGCAAAAGAACGACCCAUCCGGGUUUCCUACCGUCCGUGUAUUUCCUAGCCCCAAAACUAUAGAGCCACAUGGCUUCCGCGGUCUGGGGAAGUGCUCCCUGGUGGGGCCCACCGCCCCCAGCCCCAGCCCGGCCGCUCACGGAUAUCGACUUCUGCUCUGGGGCGCAGCUGCAGGAACUAACCCAGCUGAUUCAGGAGCUAGGUGUUCAAGAGAGCUGGAGCGACGGGCCCAAGCCGGGACCAGACCUCCUCCAGGCCAAGGAUUUUGUUUUCUCUCUGCUGGGUCUCGUUCACCGCCGGGACCCUCGCUUUCCUCCCCAGGCUGAGCUCUUGCUGCUUCGUGGCGGGAUUCGCGAGGGCUCCCUGGAUCUGGGGCCUGCACCUCUAGGUCCCUAUGCCCGGGGGCCUCACUAUGACGCCGGCUUCACACUCCUGGUGCCCGUGUUUUCGCUAGACGGCACUGGACAGGAGCUACAACUGGAUGUGGGAUCCUGUUAUGCAUGGCUCUGCCUCCCAGAGCAAGUACACGGAACCUCAGUCCGGGAGGCAUGGCAGGAUUGCCUAGGACCCCCAGUCCCAGGGAGACGUGAUUCGAUCCUCCCAACCGAAAGAGAAGGAAGUUCCAAGGACCCGCAGAGCUCUGUGGACCAGCCUCACGGCGACGUUGCUGAGCCUGGGGCACAUGUGUGUUUGGAAAAAUCACCUAGUAACAUUUCAGUGCCGGAGCUGCCUCAGGAAGACGUAACCGAUGUUGGCUUUCCCUCAUCCUUGAAAAAACCGAAUGGUGACGUCACCACAGCAGCCGACGUUAGCCCCAGCCCAGUGCCAAAGCCGUCGGAGGCUCUGGAGGCAUGGCCCACAUUGUGCCCUGCCCAGGUGGCUGCCUGGUUCUUUGCUUCGCUGGCCGCGGUCGCUGAAUCCCUGUUCCCGGUCCCGGGUGCCCCGCGCUUGGUGCAUGCAGCCCGCCACGCCGGGUUCAGCACCAUCCUCCUGGCUACUCCUGGGCCCCCGCGCCGCCUUCUGCUUUUCGACCUGAUCCCCGUGGUGUCCGUGGCCGGCUGGCCCGAGGGGGCUCGUAGCCACUCUUGGGCCGGCCCGCUGGUUUCGGAGUCUUCCUCCUUCUACCUGGUGCCCGGCGGUGGCACAGAGCGGUCGGGCGCCUCCGGCUGGCAGCUCUGCUUCGCCCGCCAGGAGCUGGCGCUCAAGUCGCGCAUACCCGCACCGCUGCUGCAAGCGCACGCCGCGGCCCAGGCCCUGCUGCGCCCGCUGGUGGCUGGGACCCGGGCCGCGGCUCCCUACCUCUUGCGGACGUUGCUCUACUGGGCUUGCGAGCGGCUGCCCGCGCUCUAUCUGGCGCGGCCCGAGAAUGCGGGCGCCUGCUGCCUCGGGCUGCUGGAUGAACUGGGCCGGGUGCUCGAGGCCGGGACGCUGCCCCACUAUUUUCUGAGUGGCCGAAAGCUCCGUGCCGGAGACGGCGCCGCUGCGCUGCUCGGGGCGUUGGCCCAGCUUCGCGGGGACCCUGCCGGGGCCCUCCGCACCGCUGUGGAGGAGGCCAAGGCUGCGCGCAAGGGGGGCGGCUUAGCUGGCGUGGGAGGCGGAGCCCAUUAAAGAUGUUGCUCCUACUAGC